GAUUUAUCCCAUAUACUGAGUAGAUGUAUAUUCAUACCUGACAUCACUAUCUUCCUUCAUAUACGAUACAGCAUAUAUAACAUCCACAAUGGGUGUCCUCCGCCUCCCCAACCCAAUCGCCACAUACAUCCCGGACACUCGCUCCCGCCUUAUCACUACAUCCAUGAUCUCUCAACCCUUAAGUCCUGAUCUUGACUCAAACUUCGGUGACGGAGCCCUUCCCACCACAGUUCUCCCCGCUCUAGAGUAUAUCUCCAACAAGCUUGGUGCUUGCACUCACUUAACCAUCCUCGUCGGCUGCGGCACACCUCUCCCCUUCGCCCACCAACCCGAGCUCACUCUCAUCCCCAUUGCCCCAUUAGAUCAGCAGACAUGGCGGACGCUUCACCGCAUUGUCCAGAAAGCCUCGAAGAAAUUCUCUCUCGGCCUCGCCUGGUCCAAUGCCCUCCAGCGCAGCCAACAACGCCAGUCCCUGAACGAGAACUGCAACGACUAUCUCCUCCGCCAGUCCAUUUUACAGAACGACGUCCUCUUUAGCCAGGAAGGCCUGACCCUCCUAAGCAUUGAUCGUCUCUAUACCAUCAAGUGCAGACUGCACGCAUACUCGCAAGGCGCUGCGCGCCAGAACGGCAUCCCCGACCACCUUUACAUUAAAUCCUGCGUGAAAUUGCUGAGGCAGACCGUCGCAGACUACAAGGGCCGACCAUUCAGCCUGGCCUUCUUCAACAGGAUCUACGAGGACCUGUCAGUUCCCGAGCACCUGCUGGUCGAGGUUGCCAACGAGUAUCAGGCCAAGUAUGCCCGGGCGGGCAUCGUGCUCCCACAGAAGAUGUCUCCGUCCGCCGCCCCUCCACCACCCAACGGACAGCAGCAGGCACAGCAACAGCCUCAAACGAAGAGAAAGAAUGCGGAUGGCAUUAAGCGACUUCGCCCGAGAACUCCACUAAGUGCAUCGGACGUCACGCCCAUCACGCAGGGCGAGUGGCAGAUGCUGCUCAGCAGCCAAGCACCGCGACCGCACGACAACAUUACGCUUCACAUUCCCUUUCCCGUGAGGCCGGUGGGCGCGUGAAAAGCAUGACGGUGCGUCAAGGUCUUAGAACCUUGGCAUGGACGAUUCGAAUGAAAAACAUCUACUUGGGAGAGCCCGGUAAUAAAAACAGGUCUCCAGAAUACCGAAGAGGGUCACAUUUCCUCGGCCGGCCGCGUCGCCGCUUGAAUCACUGCUUCCUUGCCUUGUCUUCAUCUUUUUAGGAAGCAUCUAUCUGUCUGUGCGGAUUGCGGCAUCCCCUCCAAGCAGAGCGGGGCGAGAGGAAAAUCCCAUGCAUCCACGUUUCGACAAGGAGCGAACACGGAGCGGAAUUUCGAUCUCCUAUCCCACGAAAACCGCAACUAGAAUUGCACGUGGCUAGAAAUUCAUAAUAUGGAUAUGUUCACGGAUUUCAUAUUGGAUAUAGGAAGCGGGGUGUGAGGGGCCCUACUG